GCUGCUCCUUUGAUGAACACUACAGCAACUGUGGUUACAGCGUGGCCCUGGGGACCAAUGGGUUCACCUGGGAGCAGAUUAACACCUGGGAGAAGCCGAUGCUGGACCCAGCCGUGCCUACAGGGUCCUUCAUGAUGGUGAACAGCUCUGGAAGGGCCUCUGGCCAGAAAGCCCACCUUCUCCUGCCCACCCUGAAAGAAAACGACACCCACUGCAUCGAUUUCCAUUACUAUUUCUCCAGCCGUGACCGCUCCAGCCCAGGGGCCUUGAAUGUCUACGUGAAAGUGAACGGUGGGCCCCAGGGAAACCCAGUGUGGAACGUAUCCGGGGUCGUCACUGAGGGCUGGGUGAAGGCGGAACUGGCCAUCAGCACCUUCUGGCCACAUUUCUAUCAGGUGAUAUUUGAAUCCGUCUCUUUGAAGGGUCAUCCCGGCUACAUUGCAGUAGACGAGGUCCGGGUCCUUGCUCAUCCAUGCAGAAAAGCACCUCAUUUCCUGCGACUCCAAAAUGUCGAGGUGAAUGUGGGACAGAAUGCCACAUUUCAGUGCAUCGCUGGAGGGAAGUGGUCUCAGCAUGACAAACUUUGGCUCCAGCAAUGGAAUGGCAGAGACACGGCUCUCAUGGUCACUCGUGUGGUCAACCAUAGACGCUUCUCAGCCACAGUCAGUGUGGCAGACACUGCCCAGCGCAGUGUCAGCAAAUACCGCUGCGUGAUCCGCUCGGAUGGGGGGUCUGGUGUGUCCAACUACGCGGAGCUGAUCGUGAAAGAGCCUCCCACACCCAUUGCCCCCCCAGAGCUGCUGGCUGUGGGGGCCACCUACCUGUGGAUCAAGCCCAACGCCAAUUCCAUCAUCGGAGAUGGUCCCAUCAUCUUGAAGGAGGUGGAGUACCGUACCACCACGGGCACCUGGGCUGAGACCCACAUCGUUGACUCUCCCAACUAUAAGCUCUGGCACCUAGACCCUGACGUGGAAUACGAGAUCCGGGUGCUCCUCACACGGCCCGGUGAAGGGGGCACGGGACCUCCAGGGCCUCCCCUCACCACCAGGACCAAGUGUGCCGACCCUGUGCAUGGCCCGCAGAACGUAGAGAUCGUGGACAUCCGAGCCCGGCAGCUGACGCUGCAGUGGGAACCCUUCGGCUAUGCCGUGACUCGCUGCCACAGCUACAACCUGACGGUGCAGUACCAGUAUGUGUUCAACCAGCAGCAGUAUGAGGCCGAGGAGGUCAUCCAGACCUCCUCCCACUACACCCUACGGGGUCUGAGGCCCUUCAUGACCAUCCGGCUGCGGCUCCUGCUGUCCAACCCCGAGGGCCGAAUGGAGAGCGAGGAGCUGGUGGUGCAGACGGAGGAGGAUGUUCCAGGAGCUGUUCCUCUUGAAUCCAUCCAAGGGGGACCCUUUGAAGAGAAGAUCUACAUCCAGUGGAAACCUCCCAAUGAGACCAAUGGAGUCAUCACACUCUAUGAGAUCAACUACAAGGCUGUGGGCUCACUGGACCCAACUGCUGACUUGACCAGCCAAAGGGGCAAAGUAUUCAAACUCCGGAAUGAAACCCACCACCUCUUUGUGGGUCUCUACCCAGGAACUACCUACUCCUUUACCAUCAAGGCCAGCACAGCCAAGGGCUUUGGGCCUCCAGUCACCACUCGGAUUGCCACCAAGAUCUCAGCUCCAUCGAUGCCUGAAUAUGACACGGACAGUCCACUGAACGAGACAGACACAACCAUCACUGUGAUGCUGAAACCUGCCCAGUCCCGGGGAGCCCCUGUCAGUGUGUAUCAGCUAGUUGUCAAAGAGGAGCGACUUCAGAAGUCCCGGAGGGCCGCUGACAUCGUUGAGUGCUUCUCAGUACCUGUGAGCUACAGAAACGCCUCUAACCUUGACUCUCUGCACUACUUUGCUGCUGAGCUGAAGCCCGCCAACCUUCCUGUCACCCAGCCGUUUACAGUGGGUGACAACAAGACCUACAAUGGCUACUGGAACCCUCCCCUCUCCCCACUGAAAAGCUACAGCAUCUACUUCCAGGCACUCAGCAAAGCAAAUGGAGAGACCAAAAUCAACUGUGUUCGUCUGGCUACAAAAGGCGCCUCCACCCAGAAUUCCAACACCGUGGAGCCAGAGAAGCAGGUGGACAACACCGUGAAGAUGGCCGGUGUGAUCGCUGGCCUCCUCAUGUUCAUCAUUAUUCUCCUGGGGGUGAUGCUUACCAUCAAAAGGAGAAGAAAUGCUUAUUCCUACUCCUAUUACUUGAAGCUGGCCAAGAAACAGAAGGAGACACAGAGUGGAGCCCAGAGGGAGAUGGGACCUGUGGCCUCAGCUGACAAACCCAACACCAAGCUCAGUGCCAACCGCAAUGAUGAAGGCUUCUCCUCUAGUUCUCAGGACGUUAAUGGAUUCAAUGGCAGCCGUGGCGAGUUGUCUCAGCCCACCCUCACCAUCCAGACUCAUCCCUACCGAACCUGCGACCCCGUGGAGAUGAGCUAUCCCCGCGACCAGUUCCAGCCUGCCAUCCGGGUGGCCGACCUCCUGCAGCACAUCACGCAGAUGAAGAGAGGCCAGGGCUACGGGUUCAAGGAGGAAUAUGAGGCCUUACCAGAAGGACAGACAGCUUCAUGGGACACAGCUAAGGAAGACGAAAACCGCAAUAAGAAUCGAUACGGGAACAUCAUUUCCUAUGACCAUUCCCGAGUGAGGCUGCUGGUACUGGAUGGAGACCCACACUCUGACUAUAUCAAUGCCAACUACAUUGAUGGGUACCAUCGGCCCCGGCACUACAUUGCCACUCAAGGUCCCAUGCAGGAGACAGUGAAAGACUUUUGGAGAAUGGUGUGGCAGGAGAACUCGGCCAGCAUUGUCAUGGUCACAAACCUCGUCGAGGUGGGCAGGGUGAAGUGUGUACGAUACUGGCCAGAUGACACAGAGGUCUAUGGAGACAUUAAAGUCACCCUGAUCGAAACAGAGCCCCUGGCAGAAUACGUCAUCCGCACCUUCACUGUCCAGAAGAAAGGCUACCAUGAAAUCCGGGAACUCCGCCUCUUCCACUUCACCAGCUGGCCUGACCACGGUGUCCCCUGCUAUGCCACAGGCCUGCUAGGCUUCGUCCGCCAGGUCAAGUUCCUCAACCCCCCCGAAGCUGGGCCUAUCGUGGUCCACUGCAGUGCUGGAGCUGGGCGGACAGGCUGCUUCAUUGCCAUCGACACCAUGCUCGACAUGGCUGAGAACGAAGGGGUGGUGGACAUCUUCAACUGUGUACGUGAGCUCCGAGCACAGAGGGUCAACCUGGUACAGACAGAGGAGCAGUAUGUGUUUGUGCACGAUGCCAUCCUGGAAGCAUGCCUCUGUGGCAACACCGCCAUCCCUGUGUGUGAGUUCCGCUCUCUCUACUAUAACAUCAGCAGGCUGGACCCUCAGACAAACUCCAGUCAGAUCAAAGAUGAGUUUCAGACACUCAACAUCGUCACCCCUCGUGUCCGACCUGAGGAUUGCAGCAUUGGACUCCUGCCCCGGAACCAUGAUAAGAACCGGAACAUGGAUGUCCUGCCUCUGGACCGCUGCCUGCCUUUCCUCAUCUCAGUGGACGGAGAGUCCAGCAACUACAUCAACGCAGCACUGAUGGAUAGCCACAAGCAGCCUGCUGCCUUUGUGGUCACCCAGCACCCUCUACCCAACACCAUGACAGACUUCUGGAGGCUGGUCUUCGAUUACAACUGCUCCUCUGUGGUGAUGUUGAAUGAGAUGGACACUGCCCAGCUCUGUAUGCAGUACUGGCCCGAGAAGACAUCCGGUUGCUAUGGGCCCAUCCAGGUGGAGUUUGUCUCUGCAGACAUUGAGGAGGACAUCAUCCACAGAAUAUUCCGCAUUUGUAACAUGGCUCGGCCACAGGAUGGCUAUCGUAUAGUCCAGCACCUCCAGUACAUAGGCUGGCCUGCCUAUCGGGACACCCCUCCAUCCAAGCGCUCUCUGCUCAAAGUGGUCCGACGGCUGGAGAAGUGGCAGGAGCAGUACGAUGGGAGGGAGGGACGCACUGUGGUCCACUGCCUAAACGGGGGAGGCCGCAGUGGGACGUUCUGCGCCAUCUGCAGUGUGUGUGAGAUGAUCCAGCAGCAAAACAUCAUUGACGUGUUCCACAUCGUGAAAACCCUGAGGAACAACAAAUCCAACAUGGUGGAGACCCUGGAACAGUAUAAAUUUGUAUACGAGGUGGCACUGGAAUAUUUAAGCUCCUUUUAGCCCAAUGGAAUGAGGGAACCUGCUGGAAUCCAGAGACUGCUGCAGC